CAAUCCUGAGUCAGGAUUCCUGUUUCAGGUUUGUUUUCGAGAUGUACCGUUGUUCAAAUUGCAGUUAAACUUGAUAGCUUCAUUCAUAGAUUUAAUAAACUAUUUCUUCAAUUUUGUGCCAUGUUUUUAUAAUUGUUCAAAAUUUUAUUAUAAUCUAUUUUCAUGUUUUACUAAUCUACGAAUUUUUACGAUCCUCAAAAUAAGUUGACAUUGGAGCCAUUUGCUAACUGUCCAUAUUAGACGUGCCUUCAACAUGGGUUAUGUAAAUAUUCAGAUAUUAACAUGUGUUUAUUUACUCCAAUUUUCAAUGGGUCUUGUUUUCGAAGUCGUCAGCCCAACACUUGAUGAACUGAGGAUUGUAACCAAUUCAACCAGUGAUGCUAUGUCGUUGGUAUACUCGCUAAGAUCUACUGGUUAUGUUUUGGGAUCGAUAAUAGGAGGAGGAAUUUUCCAUUACUUUAUUCCAAUCGUAUCUCUGUGCUGUGCAGUUUUUAUCAAUUCAGUGACUAUUGGAUUGGUAGGUCAAACGUAUAAUUUAAAUGCGCUUUAUACAAUCUUCACAAUAAACGGACUCACAACCGGAGUCAUUGACGUUGGUACCAAUGUUUGGAUUCUUAGACUAUUUUCGGAUCGAAGUGGACCUUACAUAAUGGCUCUUUAUACAAGUUUUUCACUUGGCACUGUGUUGGCUCCAUUGUAUUCUGCACCUUUCUUGCAAGAAUCUCUAUUAAUAGGAACCAUGUCCAAAAUUCACAUACCCUACUUGAUAACAAGUAUAUUUACAUUGAUCCCUUGUCUUGGUUUAACUUAUCUGUUCAUUCAACAGUUGGCUUUACGCUAUGAUGACAGAAACUUUUUCUCACGACGAGUAACCUACACAAGACAAUCAUCGAAAACUGCGCUCAACUCUCGAAGCUCUACAAGUUUUGGUGAGAAAACUUUAGUCUUGCUUGCUGUUCUUAUGAUCAUGAUUUACAGUGGAAUGGAGAUUAUAUUUUCUGAAUAUAUGAUUUCAAUGUUGAAUCGCAGCAAGCUAAAUUUAACAAGUUCAACAACAUCGCAAAUAAGAUCAGCAACAAAUGCUGCUUACUCCGUGGGCAAAGUGAUAUUUAUUGGAAUCAGUACAUUCAUUCGUCCUUACAGAAUAAUCCUUCUGGAUUCACUGGUUGUUAUUUUUUCGGUCAUCAUGUUGAUCAUCUAUUUCAAUUCUUCUCUAUCCGCUAUUUGGAUUUUCAGCAUUCUUUUUGGUCUUGGAACAUCUUCUCUUUAUCCUUCAAUUUAUCCUUUUGUUGAGACUUUCGUUGAGGUGGAUUAUUUCAAAGGAUCUUUCUUCAUCUGUGCCAGUGGAUUAACUGCAAUAAUAUUUCCAGUUUUGAUUGGCAGCUAUCUAGAAACCACUCCAACUCUCAUUUUACAUCUUAAACUGCUCACAAUGAUUUUCACAAUAACAUUGGCUAUUGUUAUAAAUAUACUUGGAAGUCGGUUGCUUAUACGCAAGCAAAGAGCUCCAGUAAAUGAGGAGAAUGACGAAAACCAAAUUGACGAAAAUGCAAUCUACUAAAUUUUAACAAUGCAAUUUAAUUGCAUCAUUUUUACAUUGGCUGAAGGAUUAUUUUUCUAAAUCAAUUCAUAGUUUUUAUCAAAUCAAGAUGAUUUUUAAGAAGUUUUAAGUGUUGCUAAUCCAUCCUCAAUAUUUUCAUUGUUUAUGUUCAAUUCA